GGAAGUGCACAAGGGCCUUUGGGCUGCGGAGUACAUGCUGGCUGGGAGGUGGUGGUGUCAGGAGACCGGGGGCCGACCAAUGGGGCCGUUCUCUGGCUGGGAAGAGUGGUUUUGGGACUCGUCUUUCUCCUGCUGCACUGGGUUAUGCCACCCCACAGGCUGACUGGAAACCCAACCGUCAAAGAGAAGGGCUGAUCUCAGACCCCCACCACUGCCAUCGCUGUGCCCCUCCCUGUCUCCAUGGCGACAGGAGGCCAUGCCCCCGAGACAGAUGUGUUGAUCAACCUACAUCAGGUUCUGGCCGAGGAGGACAAAGGACCUGCGGAAGGGCUGGAGGAUGAAGACUGGGAAAGGACGUUAUCCGUGGAGCACUUUGGGGACAUCAUUACCGAAACCGGCACCAAUGGUGCAGACAAGAUGGGCCGUAGUUACAAUGAAAAGGACUUUGAAUACCAUCGGCACACGUUCCACCACACCCACCACCCGCUCUCCACCCACCUCCCCCCGCAGCGCUUUAGGAAGAGGGUGCUCAGUAUGGACCGCCGCCGCAAGAAGAAGCGCAAGAAAAAGAAGACCUCCAUGCCGCCCUCUGAGGUCACGCCCACCAUCCAUGAGGUUGAUGAAGAGGAGGCGGAGUCUGAGCUGGAGGGGCAGGGCCAAGCAACCACACCCAUUGAGACCUCUGAGCAACAGAUGCAGUUUAGUUUGGGGACAGAGGAAGAGCUGGGCAGACCCCUCCUUUCUCAGUUCCACAUGGAGAGUGGAGAGACCCCCUGCCUCGAGCGGCCCCCCACUAACACCACAGAGACCCAGGAAGAGGGGCCACAUGACAGACAGGAAGAGGAAGAGGAAGAAGAGGAUGAUCAGGCAUCCAAUAGGUUGGGUCCGUCUGCAGAGAUGGCUGGCAUUAGCGGGCGCGGCUGGUUCUGCCGGAGGCCUGUGUACCGGCCGGCGGGGCCUCAGCGUACCAGCUACGACCUGAGGGAGCGCAUCUGCAUUGGCAGCAUGACGGCUGCCGAGACGGCCGUCUACCAGAAAGUGCCCACCGAUGAAGCGGAGGCCCAGAUGCUCGGCACCGCUGACCUGGAUGACAUGAAGACGCGAGAGGCGAACCAGAGCGAGAGGCCUGUGUUUUGGUUGGGAUGUCCUCCAACGGCUGUCCUCCAAACUCAUGCCAUGUCUUGUUUUGGUCACCGCUUUGAGGAUAACCCAGGCGUGAGACGACACCUGGUCAAGAAGUUGUCACGUUGCCAAGUCACAAGGCCGGGCAUCAGCUCGCCUCCUCUGUCCAGUCUGAAGAAGAGGAAGAAAAAGGACAAAAGCACUCAUGAGGUCUUUGUGGAGCUGAAUGAGCUGAUUGUGGACAAGAACCAGGAGAUGCGUUGGAGGGAGAUGGCGCGCUGGAUCAAAUUCGAGGAGGACGUGGAGGAGGAGACAGACCGCUGGGGAAAACCCCACGUGGCGUCUCUGUCCUUCCGGAGCCUUCUCGAGCUCCGCCGGACUAUCACACACGGUACCGUCAUGUUGGACCUAGACCAGACCACGCUGCCCGGCAUAGCCCAUCUGCUUGUGGAGAGCAUGAUCAUCUCAGACCAGAUCAGAGCAGAGGACCGGCCCAACGUGCUGCGUGCCUUACUGCUCAAACACAGUCACCCAAACGAUGAGAAAGAGGGUCUCUUCCACCAAAACCAUUCAGUCAGCAGCCUGGGCAGUUUCCGUGACAACCACAACCACGUACAUGACCCGAGCCUCCCACUGGUGUCCGAAGACCACGCUGAGACGCGCAACAUCAAAGCGACAGAGCACGACAAAGAGAAAAACCUGCAUGGUGUUCCUGUUGAGGCACAUGCUGCAGCCAGGUCUCUGAAACUGCUGGCAAAGAUCCCCAAGGAUGCAGAGGCCACCGUGGUUUUAGUGGGCUGUGUGGAUUUCCUGGAGCAGCCCGCCAUGGCAUUUGUGCGGCUGAACGAGGCAGUCAUGCUAGAGUCGGUUCUGGAGGUUCCAGUUCCUGUGAGGUUCAUCUUCGUGCUCCUCGGACCUCCACAGACCAACAUGGACUACCACGAGAUUGGACGCUCCUUCUCCACACUAAUGUCUGAUAAGAACUUCCACGAGGUGGCCUACUUUGCCGAUGACCGGCAGGAUCUCUUGAGCGGCAUGAAUGAGUUCCUGGACUGUAGUAUUGUGAUCCCCCCAUUGGACGUGGAGGGCAAAGACCUGCUAAAGACGGUGGCUUCCUUCCAGAAGCAGAUGCUGCGUAAGCGCAAGGAGAGAGAGAGUAAGAAAUGUGCCAGCACCGUGGCCGGAUCGGACCAGGAGACUAAAGAUGUGAGUCACGACGAGCAGGAAGAUGAGGAGCUGGAGGUGGACCCGCUCAAACGCUCAGGUGUCCCGUUCGGAGGCCUGAUCCAUGACAUCCGACGCCGUUACCCGUAUUACAUCAGCGACCUCAAGGACGCACUGGACUCUCAGUGUAUCGCUGCUGUCAUUUUUAUCUACUUUGCAGCACUCUCUCCCACAAUCACUUUUGGAGGCCUGCUGGGGGAGAAGACUGAAGGUAUGAUGGGGGUAUCAGAGCUUCUCGUCUCUACGGCAACGGUCGGGGUGCUGUUCUCCCUGCUGGCCGGGCAGCCCCUGCUCAUUAUUGGCUUUUCAGGGCCUCUCCUUGUGUUUGAAGAGGCCUUUUACAAGUUCUGCCAGGCGCAGGGCUUCGAAUACCUCACGGGCCGCGUGUGGAUAGGCUUCUGGCUCAUUUUCAUCGUGCUGGUAAUUGUGGCAGUUGAGGGCAGCUUCCUUGUGCGCUACAUUUCGCCCUUCACUCAGGAGAUCUUCGCCUUCCUCAUCUCCCUCAUCUUCAUCUACGAGACCUUCUCCAAGCUCUUUAAGGUGUUCCAAGAGCACCCGCUAUUAAGAAGCUACCCGACCUCUUCCGGCCCUGGACUCAGAACCCCGGGGCCAACAGACGGGAGCGUGCUAGUGGAGGGAACCAUCCUGAACCAGCCCAACACGGCACUGCUCUCUCUCGUCCUCAUGUUGGGGACUUUCUUCGUGGCCUUCUUCCUUAGAAAGUUCCGGAACAGCCGUUUCCUUGGAGGCAAGGUCAGGAGAGUCAUUGGAGACUUCGGCAUCCCCAUCUCCAUCCUGUUGUCUGUCAUCGUGGACUACUGUAUCCCUGACACCUACACACAGAAACUGAACGUGCCAUCGGGCUUCUCGGUCACCUCCCCGGACAAGCGAGGCUGGUUCGUCAGCCCAUUCGGAGACAAACAGAUUUUCCCCGUGUGGAUGAUGGGGGCGGCGGUGGUCCCUGCCCUACUUGUCUUCAUUCUCAUCUUCAUGGAGACCCAGAUCACCUCGCUGAUUGUGAGUAAAAAGGAGCGGCGCUUGGUGAAGGGUUCCGGCUUCCACCUGGACCUGCUGCUAAUCGUGACCCUUGGGGCGAUCUGCCCGCUGUUUGGCCUGCCCUGGCUGACGGCUGCCACCGUGCGCUCCGUAACCCACGUCAACGCGCUGACCGUCAUGAGCAAGGCCACUGCCCCAGGAGAAAAGCCCAUGAUCCAGGAGGUCAAAGAGCAGAGGGUGACUGGCAUGUGUGUGGCCAUACUUGUAGGCGUGUCCAUUGUGAUGACGGACGUGUUGCAACACAUUCCUCUGGCUGUGCUGUUUGGAAUCUUUCUGUAUAUGGGCAUCACCUCUCUGACUGGCAUUCAGCUCUAUGAGCGCAUCACCCUUAUGGUCACCCCUGCGAAACACCACCCUGAUCAUACCUAUGUUGCCAAGGUGAAGACCUGGCGUAUGAACCUGUUCACCAUCAUCCAGCUGCUGUGUAUAGCCCUGCUGUGGGUGGUCAAGUCCACCACAGCGUCCCUGGCCUUCCCCUUCAUACUCAUCAUGACUGUGCCUCUACGCAGACUCAUCCUCACUAGAAUCUUUGAGGAGCGUGAGCUGGCAGCGCUGGAUGCAGAUGAAGAUACACCCAAUUUCGAUGAAGAUGGUCAUGAUGAGUACAAUGAGAUUCACAUGCUUGUGUAGACCAGGCUCUCCGAGGGGUUCUCGCCUUCAACAACACCAAUCAAUCAAACUACAAGACAAAGGACAAACCACUGCAGUGAAGGUGAUACUAGCCACAGUUUCAUAGUGAGGACCCACUCUACAUGCUUCACGUGUGCAUUCAAAUAUUGUAUUUAUUCUGUGUAUAAUUGAGAUAUUGAUGUUGAAGGUUCACAUUAUUUAGAUACUGUUUAUUGCUGUUAUACUUAAUUUGUUAUAUAUAAUUUUAUGUGUCAUUGAUUCCUCUAAGAAGAGUAAUCUCUGUGUCUCGCUAAUGCUCUUAGAACUCUUUGCCGGAAACACACAGAGUAGACGAUGCACCUUAAAAGAUUCCUUCUGUUUGCAAUGAGGGAACACAGAGUACAGUGCUGCGUCUAGUGUGUGCUAUGCACAGAGAGUAGUGGAUACAGCGCACUGUUCAGUAUACAGAGCACAGCUGGUUACACUUGGUAGACUGGACACCCCUCCCCCAUAGAAGCCCACUGCCUGUAGAUCUGAGUUGCCUUCUCUUUGAUACUGUAGGCAUUGCCCACAGGGCCUGAAUGACUUUCAGUAGCAUCUAAGUUCAGGACCCUCAGGGUGGUUAAUGUUCUUUGUGUGGAGUCCCUUUGCUUGUAUGCAGUACCACUUGUCCGUGUAGUUGUGAGAACUAGAGGGGACUUCUUUUAUUGCCUGGUGAGACCCCAGCAGAGGGCUCCUCCUAAACUUUAAACUAAUUAUUUUUUUGUGUUUAUUUGUUGUGCUUUGUUUGCUACACAAACUCUCUGAUGUAAUUGUUCCUCAUUGUUGAAGAACUUCCUCCUAAGCAGAGAGGCACUGAAGGGCAUUUUCUUUCUUUUUAUCUUGUUUUAUUUAUAGAAUAUUGAUUAGUGUGUAGACACUGAGCGUUAGGGUAAAUGGAAAAGUAUAGGAUGUACUGUCUUCAUGUUUGAUUUAUUUUUGUGUUGGCAAUGUGAUUUUUUCAGAGACUUGGAAAUACAUGUGACAUUUUCAGUUACAUUUAAGCUAAUGUUUUAUAAGAACAGUUAAAGCCAUAAUAUACAGGAUUAAGUUGAUUUCUAGAUGUACAGACUUACUACAUAAUGUUAAAGUCAGUAUUAUUCAAUGGCUUCUGAACUGCUAAUAUACAGGAAUACAGUUGGCCUGAGUGUUUGACUCAUCUGUAUUCUGCUGCCAAAUCUGUGGAUGGGGUCAUAGAGGAACCCUGACCUUGGUUCCAUUCACCAGACUCUAACUAGUUUAAAGAAAAAGUGCAUGGCCUUCUAACAAGCACCUCACUCUACAGCCACCAGAUCUGUGCUGUUUAGCAUGGCUCAUAGCCAAGUUUCUUUAAGGUCCAGUGAACCUCUUAUCGUAAAUUUCGGAAGAACAGAAGUAUUAGCUGCCGCUCUUGUCUGAAUGCACUUGGAAGGUCUCUUACCCUGUCCAGUGAGCCGCCAUUGGCUGUUGAGAAAGUCGCCCUUUAGACUGCAAAUAAAAAGCUGUUCAUGUACUCACUGGUUGUGUACAUGCCCCCAACACACAGACCUCAAAUGAAAACAUCCCUCAUAUUGUUCAGUUUCAUACAGAUCAUUUAAGAGAUUUUUUUGUUUGUUUGUUUGCUUGUUUGUUUUUUGCUUACUUGCACUAGUUUUAGUGUAAUAUAUUUAGAGGUAUUUGAGUGGUGAAAAUAUUCAGUAAUACUCAUUUUAUUCAGUCAAACACAAGACCAGAUGCUGCUACCCAGUGUGCCCCUCAGAAGGCCAUGAUGAGUUCUUUAGUCAAGGAACACAUUUGGAUAGUCAAAUGUGAACUGUGUUGAUGCCAAACCCGGUAGUGCAUUUUGCUCAUCGGAUAUUCACUUUUGCCUUGAGGGCUGUCCCUAAGAGGCGCCAGUAUUUAAACUUUACAGUAAAUUACAGUGCAGAUUAUCUUGCGGUUGUUGGAUUGUUAAAACUGUUACAGCCCUGAAAGGCUAGAAAAGGUAGAAACAUGGCUUUGGUGUACUCUUGAGUUUGGUGCCGAGAUACUUGCUCUGGAACGCAUGAGGUGUGGGGAUUUAUUGCUCUGGGAGUUACCAGCACUGCCAUCCCAUAGCCUUAGCUAAGCCUUUUCUGCUUGUAGCCUUUGCAGGAGACCCUGAGUACACAGUGGAUCCAAAGACGGAGACUUAGUCACUGACACCCUUCCUAUAGUCUACUGAGACCACUACAAACAACAAAUUUAGCUGUCUCCAUAUUUAGCCUUACCUGUGAAAUUUUCCAUUGGCAAUGUCAGACUAUUAUAGAUUUUAUAAAUUGUUCUGCAGUAAUGUAUGUUUUGUAAUAACUUUGUGUUUUCUUUGAGUAUGGGAUGUACCUGCCGUUUAAGAGAUGCAUUCUGGCCUCGAAUUCCUGCAGACAUGCUACCGUGGCCCAUGUGUUUGUGUGACAUGCUGAAUGUAUGUACUGCAGCGCAUAAGACUCUGUUGGUCUCGGCUUGUAACGUGUGUCCCCUCUGUAAACUUUGUCUGCUCCAAGAGCAGCCCCCGUCAUAGGGCUGCUUGGACACAGCAGGAAGAAUGGCUUAAACCAAUAACUGUGGAUGGGGAACAAAAAGGGGACCUCGAAGAAGCAGCGUUUGUGAUUACAGCUGACGUGUCCAGGCAGGGGUGGUGGUUGCCAAGGCUACAGACAGGUUGCUCAUCCAAAAAGCCAGAUGACCUGGAGGGCUGUGGGUCAGUGUGGGGUCUUUCAAGCUCAGUGCUGGGGAGGACACAUGCAGACUCCUCACACACAACCUGCUUGCCACUUCGUUCAGGUUCAUACUAUAAGUAUGUGUGUGUUUGUGUGUGUGUGUGUGUGUGUGUGUGUGUGUGCGCGUGUGUGUGUGUGUAGAAGGGCUGCACGAUAUGUAAAAAAAAAUAAGUUCCGAUGCCUUUCGAGAUGCAUUGUAAAUCUUGGUGACCCCCUUGAUGGUUAAUGAUUGCUUUGCAUUAUUGUGACCAAAAUUAUUUAUCCUUGUUGAAAAUGAUUAAAUUGUUAGAUUAUUACAUAUGUUACACUGAAUGCCAAGAUUCAUGAAAACAGCCAUGAAUCACAUAGAGCAUCGUUCCUUGGUCAGGCUCAUUUGCAUAUAUCAGCCUUCUGUGAUGUCAGUAUUAAGGAGGGGGGCACUACCGCAAUAAUGAGUGUGUCUGUGUGUGGCUGUGGGCAGAGAUGAAAGAAACAGAAUGUUAAAAAACUAAGAAGAAAUGCAUUCUGUAGGAAGAAGAAUUAAGAAGGGGGCGUAUUAUGACUGCCAUUUCCUACCUGUGGAUUUUUGCAGAUGCAAAUGAAACCAGGAGAAAAAUGAGCAGUUGGAAUGUUAAAAGGGCUUGGCAGGGUGUGAACUCUGAAAUGGGUUACAGUCUGGGUGUAGCCCCACUAGUCGCACAGACCACCCACCAAUCCCUGCAAAUGACGUGUUAUGGAGAGCGAGUGAUGACAAUCAGAAGCGGCUGGAGUUACACAUAUUCCAGUGGGUGUAGCACAUUCAGUUGUGUAUUUGCAGUGUGUUCAUUAAUCGAAACAGCAAGUGGAAUGGUACACCAAGUAGGUGGCAUUCACUGGGAACAGCAGCGGAACAGUUGUGGGCUGGUACUUGUUCUUUAACGACACUUUUAGUCAACUCCAGACAGCAUUCACUUCAGAGUGCUGGAGUGAUUAUACAGGGGGUUUAACACUUUGAGGGUGUCAGUGUAUUAAGGGAGCUGCUUGCCUCUCGCGUUCAAAAUCACAUUAGUUUCCCUGUGUACGUUACGUCCGGUGUACUCUAGUUAGAUCACCUUUAACACUUGCAAACACAUUUAGCACUUACGAACAAAGACUUCUCACAAAGAUGAUUACAUUUGAAUUUCUAUAAUGGA